AUGCCUGCACAGCAAAUUGCUUUGUCGGCGGGACGGUCCACUCCUAGGCACCAUGAACUUCCCAGGAGAAGGCUUCGAUUGCAACCUGAGCACUACAUCAGGCGUGAUACUGGAGAAUUAGUUCCUCUUGUCCCUGCUGACGAGCUGCCUCUGGAGUUCCAUGGGCUGUCGAAGUCGUUGAGUCCCGUCGAGAGUUCAAGGAUGGUUUUCUUGGGACAAAAAGGCCCAUCGACUGGUUACUAUCGAAUGAAACAACCCAGAUCCUCGGUCCUUCCAGAGCAGCCUGGUGCCCAAAACGGCCUUCUCAGUAAAACCCAGGACUCUAAAAUAUCCAGAGAGUUAUCAGGAGAUUCUACCGGUAGACAUCCUGCAACAGAGCCGGUUGUUUCCAACUCCACUGCUGGCACUCCAUCACAAGCAGCCACCUCACAGGUUCGGCCACGGCCAUCAACGCUGCCGGACUCUCGGCAUCAGCUAUGUCACAACUGGAUCAGGGGUCAUUGCAAGUUUGACCUAAAUUGCCAUCGCCUCCAUCAGAUGCCUGAGACGACAGAAGAAUGGCAGGACAUAAUAUUGCGUGGAAUUCUGAACCAUGGGGGAAAUCUUAAGAGCGUGGCUCACCCUCAUAAAGCGGCUCGCCAUAAUAAGCCGCAAUCGGAGCUGGACGUUCUGAACCGAGAAAUAGUGUUCUUGAGGCAGGCACUUGCGAACCAGUCUCAUAUGAGGAAGGGGAGGCACCAAAAAGCUCCGCGCACGGGUGUUCGUGACAUUGAAGCACGACUCAUUCAGAAAGUUCUUGGUGACAAAGAUGUGAAGCGGAGCUUGGACAGUGUAGCGGAAUUGGGAAGGGAGCAAGGACAGAAAGACUCCGCUCCCGUAGGCAAAGAGAGGAAGGAAGGAAGCGGCGCUCAGACUACAAGCAGUCAGCCCAUGGCUUCGAAGACAGAAGGAGUAAGAACUGGGCAUCUUGUUGACGUGAAAUAA